GUGGAAGGAACCCCCAGAUGAUCCCUAAAACCACCCGGUUCGGCUAUCGAUGUGUGGCAAAGCGUUCACGAGUUACAACCAUUACAACACAACCAGGAGGUGGCAUUUGGGCUAGUUGUAUGCAUUUGGUGGUGCCCUGAAGAUAUAUCCGCAACUAUGACGAAGCACGAGUUUUCUGUCGAUAUGACCUGUGAGGGCUGUUCUGGAGCCGUCACACGUGUUCUCACUAAACUGGAUGUCAAGUUUGAUAUAGAUCUCCCCAACAAGAAGGUGUUCAUCGAAUCUGACAAGGACACAGACGUCCUUCUGGAAACACUGAAGAAGACUGGGAAAGCGGUUACCUACAUCGGCCCAAAAUAAACCUCAUAUGUACCCCCAGUUGUUAUGAGAACAGAUAGUAUUUUCCUUUUGUUCAUUGCUGAUUGAUGAUACUGAAGAACCAGGUGGAGAGCUUUCAUGAUGACACAGGAAAAAGGCUAGUCACACCACAGGGGACCACUCCGAGCUCUUUCACACUGUAUCUUUAUGUUAAUGGCGAGAUCAGAUGGAAAGAAGUGAAUGGGUUUGUGACAAUUAGGAAGUUGUGUUAUGUCUGAAAUGUUUGUCUUUGUCUUUAAGUAGAUCCUCUAAUUAAGAAACAAAUCAAUCACAGCACUUUGAAAAUGUAAUGAUUAUAAUGUUAGCCAACAUAAAAAUGAAUUAAUUGGA